AUGGCGCCCCCAACUCCCAGCACAGGUCCUCCGGCGGAAUCGAACAAGAAUGUGCUCGCGGCUCUUGUCGCAGAGAAUGAAGCUAAGGAAAAGAAGAUCGAGGAAUUGGACCGCGAGAUUGCGAAGUACUUCAAACACGAAGGUAACACGCGUAGCGAUGUGAAGAUAUCGCAGGAUCAUCUGGCCACUGUGGUAGAUUUCAUGGACGACGGUGUGGCGACCGCCCGCAGGUUGGCGACAUGUCUCAAGAUCAAUGGCCUGGUUGCCAACAGUACCUUGCAGACCGCAACGACCGAAGCAUACCGCAAGAAGCUUGUUGAGUACGUAGCGCAGCUUGACAAGGUGGCUCAGAACGUCGAUGAGGAAGAGCAUGCAGAAAUUCUGGCACACAUGCGAGAAGGCCUGGAAGACGACAUCAGAACGCUGGAUGAGAAGAAGGAAGACAUGGAGAAGGCUCGAAAGGAGAUGAUGAGGAUGGCCGCGUUGGAGACAAGCAGUUUUUCUGACGGCGAGGCGAAGUCUUAG